AUGACACGCAAACCCUCCCUUGUCUUUGUCCCCGGAGCAUGGCAUACCCCGGAAUACUGGGGUAAAGUCAAAUCAGCCAUGGAAGCUCAAGACUAUAAGUGCAUACCCGUCACACUUCCUACCACACAAUCAACGAGCACCUCGGUCAACUUCUCCACCGACGUUAACGCCGUUCGUGAGGCUAUUAUGACAGAGACCGCUCAAGACCAGGAUGUUGUUAUCUUGGCCCAUUCCUACGGCGGUGCUGUCGGUGCCAGUACCAUCAAGGGCUUGUCACGGAAGAACGCAGAAGAUAACAAAGGAAAUGGUCAUGUUAUUGGUCUUUUCAUGGUUGGAACGGGCUUUGUAGCUUCUGGAAUAUCCUUUCUAGAUGCCGUUGGUGGCAAGCCUCCGCCAUUGUGGGCUGCCGACUAUGAGACCAAUACCAUGCCCCUCCAACUCGAUCCAGUUGAAAUGUUAUACCACGACCUUCCCGAGGAGGAAGCAAAGUACUGGGUGGGAAAACUUACCGACCAGGCGCUGACGUCUGUAACUGACGGAUACGAAGUCUCAUACGAGGGGUGGAAAGAUGUACCUGUAUGGUAUAUCAUGACCGCAGAGGACAAGAACCUUCCACUGGAGGUACAGAAGAUGUUCGCACAGUCUGCGGAAAAGGCUGGCGCCGAUCUGGUCGUACGAGAGAUUGCAAGUGGCCAUUCUCCAAUGUUGAGUAAGCCUGAUGACACUAUUAAGUGUCUGGAGGAUGCGCUUGCAGCGUUUACCAAUUCCUAA